AGAAAGAAGAUUUAAGGAAGGAAGCACGCUACAUAAUUUCUUUUGCCGGAAUAUAUGUGUUAUACAUGUAAUUUUUUGGUAAAAAAAAUGAAUCGACAAAAUUUAUUUGACAAUAUCGUAACACUAUCUAACGAGUGAAGUUAUAUUAUCGUUCAGUUAAAGGCAAACUGCUGAAGUGAUCUAGUGAAGUGAUAUUACAUGUCUUUAAAACAAUCAAUCAUUAGGAAUAGUCGAAUAUUAUUUUGUCAUCUAUACAUAUUCGAAGCUUAAUUUAAAAGGAUUAGUUACAUAGUCUUUCAUGGAUUCGAAUUUAUUGUUCGAUAUUAAUCGAUUCAUUCAUACAUCUUUCAAUGCAUACCUGAGAGAAACAAGAUUUGAGGACGAUUCUCAUAAAAACAGACGAUAUUGCAAGUGGAAAGAUCGCAGAUAAUACAAGAUAAAAAUGGCACUCGAUUUCUUUGCUGGUUGCUUGGGUGGAUGUGCCGGUAUUAUAGUGGGAUAUCCUUUGGACACAGUCAAAGUUCAUAUGCAAACGCAGGAUUGCCGCAACCCGAAAUAUCGAGGCACUUGGGAUUGUCUACGUACUAUAGUCGCAAAAGAAUCGAUGAGCGGCCUUUACAGAGGCAUGUCAUCGCCAAUCGCAGGGGUGGCUAUGGUAAAUGCCAUCGUCUUCGGUGUUUAUGGACAUACUCAGCGGCAUCUAUCCGAACCUGAUCGAUUGUCGGCACAUUUCUUAGCCGGUGUAUCUGCCGGAAUUGCACAAACUCCCGUCUCAAGUCCAAUAGAGUUGGCAAAAACACGUCUACAAUUACAGUCUCCGCUUCAGAGUGAUUCCCGUGGACCGAUGCAGUGUUUGAGGAACAUCUACAAGAAGGAGGGCUAUCGUGGCAUUUUCAAGGGCUUGAAUAUUACGUUUCUCAGGGAAGGACCAAGUUACGGCGUAUACUUCGUGACCUACGAGAUGCUGACUAAGACAUCCUCGAAACAGCCGAUCUCGACACCUCAUAUGCUACUGGCCGGAGGACUCGCUGGAACUGCUUCCUGGGUGAUCUCUUAUCCGAUUGAUGUCAUCAAAUCACGCAUACAAGCGGAAAGUAGCGAUCGUUAUUCGGGGGCUUUAGAUUGUCUCAAGAAGUCCAUACGUGCCGAAGGAUACAGCUGCUUAUACCGGGGGUUAAAUUCAACGAUUCUUCGAGCAUUUCCGACUAAUGCAGCAACCUUUACUGUGGUCACAUGGACAUUCAGAUUAUUUGGUGAACAAUCAAGUGAAGUACCGCAGAGGGAGGAUAUCGUAUCGAUGCAGACAAAAAAUCGUAUGACGAAAGGAUACGAGUCCUUCACCAGCACGUGGAAUGCAUUUUUCGAUAAUAUUUCGGGGAGCAACGGCUUCACCACGUCAUAUUCAAUCGGGUCCAUCUUGCCAAUUAGUGGAUUAAUGCCGGAUAACAAUGCUUGUCUGACUCACAAUUGCAGACAAUCAGAUUGCAAGCACGACGCAUUGAAGCAGAAGCACAUAUUUGAGGAGAGAAAAAGAAAAUCGCGAAAUAACGAAGGAAUUGAGGAAGAUGAAUACACCGACGAGAAAAAUAUAGAGUGCAACAACGUCAAGACGAUCGUAAACACGUGUACCUGUGUCUCAAAUUUGGAUACUACUUGACGUGUCGCUACACUAGAUGACUUCAAUAUGUUGAUGCAACGGAAUGACUCGUGUAAAAAAGAAAUUUAUGUGCAUAAAUUUUCCUUCGACGAUUAAUUUAAUUGACAAUGAAUGUUUAACAAUGAACUUAAGGGAAUACAAUAAGGGAAAUUAUUUAAUAAUCUAUAUAAUUUUACGAUAA